AUGCUCCUAGAGCAUGGCUGGGACGUGGAUAAGGCCUACGAGGCGCUGCGCAGAAAGGGCCUGGCGGCCGCCGCCAAAAAGGCCUCGCGCCAUGCCGCUGAAGGCCUUGUAGGCGCCUCUUUUGCCGCCGCAGCUGCCAGCACCACCGCCGCUGCCACCAACCGCUGCGGUGGCGCGGGCUCUGUGGUAAUGGUGGAGCUGAACAGCGAGACGGACUUUGUGGCGCGUAACGCCCUCUUCCAGGAUUUAAUGCGGGAUGUGCUGACGGCAGCUCACAGUCUAGGGAGGGCCGCUGCGGUUGGACCAGACCACAGCAUAGACCUGCAACAGCUUCUUUCCGUGCGCACUGCCUCCGGGUCAACUGUUUCGGAGGCGGUGACCCAGGUGGCGGCGCAAGUACGAGAGAAUGUACGACUUCGGAGGGCGUACCGCUUGGACAGUGGAGACGGCCUUGUGUACCAAUACGUUCACCAGUCGUCAGUUCCCGGACUGGGCAAGUUGGCGGCGGCGGUGGUGCUUCGUUCUGCGGAUGGGAGCUCUCUGGUUGAUCUUUCUUCCACCUCGGACAGCAGCAGCAGUAGCAGUUCUGCCGCCUCGCUUGUCCAGGCUGCCGGGGAGGGGCUCGCCAUGCAGGUUGCGGGCAUGCGGCCAGCGUACCUGACCCGCGGGUCUGUUCCAGCCGAGGUGCUAGCCCAGGAACAAGAGCUGCUGCUGCAGCAGAUGCAGCAGGACGAGGCGUUCCGGGGCAAACCGCCGCAGGUUCUUUCCAAGGUGGUUCAGGGGCGGUUGUCCAAAAAGCUCAGCGAGAUGUGUUUGGCUGAGCAGACCUAUGUGCUGGACGACAGCAUCACGGUGGAGAAGAUGAUGGCCAGGUUGCGAAAGGAUGUGGGCCGGCCUCAGCUGCAGGUCAGCGCCUUUUUGCGGGUGCAGUGCGGGGAAGGCUUGGGGACCAAGAGCGGCGAUAACUUCGCAACAGAGGUGGCUCGCAUCGUUAGCGAGACCUGA